AAAAAAAAAAAAAAGACCAUUGGCGUUGUGGGAUUGACUGUGUGCAAUACUCCACAUGAGAGGCUAAGAAUAUUGUACACAAAGAUUCUUGAAGUUCUUGAGGAUAUCCCUAAAAAUGCAGCAUAUAGAAAAUAUACAGAACAGAUUAUAAAUGAGAAGCUAGCUAUGGUUAAAGCAGAACCAGAUGUUCAAAAAUUAGAAGACCAACUUCAAGGUGGUCAAUUAGAAGAGGUGAUUCUUCAGGCUGAACAUGAACUAAGUCUGGCAAGAAAAAUGGUGCAGUGGAAAACAUGGGAGCCAGUAAUGGAAGAGCCUCCUGCCGAUCAGUGGAAAUGGCCAAUAUAAUUAUUAAGUGAUUUUGGUGGGUUGAUGGGAAACUGAUGUAAUGAAAUGUUCUGUUCUGUUAAGAGCAUGUUCAUAUUACUGAACAUAAUCAAGAAAACUGAUAUAGAAAAUAUCUAGGAGACUGUUAAAAUUAGUGACUAUGAUAAUUCAGUCAUGUGAAUCCAUUUUUGAUUUGUAGUUACACAAACUAUUUCAAAGAUGAUAUUUCUAUGAACAGAGAGGUCAUGGAAAGAUUUGAGAAUUAAUUAGAAAAAUUCCUACAGAUCUUCAAUGUAGAGGCCAUAAUCAAAAAGUAAAGUUUCUUUAGUAAUAUGUUCGAUACAUCAUUCAAUUUUUAAAAUUAUCCUGA